AUGGAUCAAGGAGGACUGAAAAAGAGAGAUGAGCGUUUGAAUAUAUUAGAUUACAGCAACAGCCCAGUUGAAGGAAUUUUACGAAGCGGAAUACAAAGUGCCAUGUCUGUCGCUCCCACGUCCAUGGUUCCUCAACCUAGUCCACUGAUGCAGCCAGUUUCCGCGGACCUUCCCAAUGGCCUGAGCAAUUCACCCACUCUUGAGGAGCACACCACCUCCACUCUUGGCUUCUUCAUGGAAGAUUCAGAACUUCAGAAAGCGGUCGGGAAGGAGCAGAGAGCUCAACAACAGGCCCUGUGCUCUUUCACUUUGGGAGACAGCUUCUCAGGUCUGGAGGCCAGCAUUGCAGACAUCAAUAGCUCCUCCCCUUCAAUAGACUCCAUGAUCGGUGGAGUCGACCCCAAUCUCUUUCCUUUAAAAACAGAGCAAUUUUCUCCCAUGGAUAAAUGCGACAUUGACCUAGACCAAGAUUCCUUUGGUCCAAUGGGGAAAGAUGUUGAUGUUGGCAAUCAUAAGCUAUUUAGUGACAAUACUCUGGACCUCCUGCAGGACUUUGAGUUGGACGGAUCGCCCUCUGAUUUCUAUGUGGCAGAUGACGCGUUCCUCUCCACCAUAGGUGAAGAUGCUAUGCUCGGAGACUUGUCGACAAAUGCAGAGAGAGACUCAAAGGUCUCGAUCUCUGUAAACAGCACGCUCAAUGGCAUGAGCACUUCCAGCACCACCACUACCAGCCUGGCCAAUGUGAAAGUAGAGAAGGACUCUAUAAUCCAGCUGUGUACUCCAGGGGUCAUCAAAAAGGAGAACGUAGGUGGGACUAACUACUGUCAGAUGGGUCUCCACAGCACACCUAUUAACAUUUGUGGUGUCACCACUUCAAGUGGACAGAGCUUUCUCUUUGGGGCCGGUCCUUCCACAGCUGCUCUCAGCCAGCAGAAAGAUCAGAAGCCUAUCUUCAACGUGUACACCCCUCUGACCUCUUCAGAAGACAGUUGGAGCAGGGGAAAGGGCUUUGGGAAUGCAAGCGGAAUGCAACAGAGGGCCAGCGAAUGCUUUUCCAAAAACUACACAAGCCCCUAUGCCAGACCUGAAGACAGCACUGCCACACCCUCGACUGUUGGAAAAUCCGGCACAGGCGUACAUAAGAUCUGUCUGGUGUGCUCGGAUGAAGCUUCGGGCUGCCAUUAUGGCGUCCUCACUUGUGGCAGCUGUAAAGUCUUCUUUAAGAGAGCAGUUGAAGGGCAACACAAUUACCUGUGCGCCGGACGGAACGAUUGCAUCAUUGACAAAAUCCGCCGGAAGAACUGCCCUGCCUGUCGUUUCCGCAAAUGCCUCAUGGCAGGCAUGAACCUUGAGGCCCGUAAAACCAAGAAGGGACGUCAAACAGGCAAGGUAAUCCAGCAGCCGACGAUUCCAGAGCGCAAUCUUUCCCCACUGCCCGAGGCCCGGGCACUGGUACCCAAACCCAUGCCUCAGCUGGUGCCCACCAUGCUGUCACUACUGAAGGCCAUUGAGCCGGAAACCAUCUAUGCCGGAUACGACAGCACCGUACCGGACACGUCCACCCGCCUCAUGACCACUCUGAACAGGCUGGGCGGCCGGCAAGUCAUCUCUGCGGUUAAAUGGGCCAAAGCUCUGCCAGGCUUCCGGAACCUUCACCUGGACGAUCAGAUGACCCUCCUGCAAAGCUCCUGGCUGUUCCUCAUGUCUUUUGGACUAGGUUGGAGAUCAUACCAGCAGUGUAAUGGAAACAUGCUGUGUUUCGCACCAGACCUAGUGAUCAAUGAAGAGAGGAUGAAGUUGCCCUACAUGAAUGAUCAGUGUGAACAGAUGCUGAAGAUCUCCAAUGAGUUUGUGAGACUGCAAGUGUCCAAUGAGGAGUACCUGUGCAUGAAAGUCCUUCUGCUCCUGAGCACAGUACCGAAGGAUGGUUUGAAGAGCCAGACAGUGUUUGAUGAGCUACGAAUGUCUUACAUUAAAGAACUGGGCAAGGCCAUUGUGAAGAGAGAGGAGAACUCCAGCCAGAACUGGCAGCGAUUCUAUCAGCUCACUAAGCUACUGGACUCCAUGCACGAUAUGGUGGGUGGACUCCUGAACUUCUGUUUCUUCACGUUUGUCAAUAAAUCCCUCAGCGUGGAGUUUCCCGAAAUGCUUGCGGAGAUCAUCAGCAAUCAGUUACCAAAAUUCAAAGCCGGGAGUGUCAAGGCACUGCUCUUUCACCAGAAGUGAAUCUCCUCCCAGCAGCAGGACACAAUGCCUUAAACAUCCACCCCAUCCUCACUCCUACUCCACCCCGAGACAGCAGAGGAAGGCAGAGCAGAGCGAGACGGAGGCGCAGAGAGGGUUAGGGGCAGGACAGUAUGCAACCCAGCACAGAUCUCCACGAUUGACCAGAAUACAGUGGAAGAGACGGGUAUUUAGAGAGGUUCUAUAAAAGCUAACAAAUGGCUGAACUGUUGAAAUUACCUAACCGUGAGGCCAUCACAUACAUGUCGUCUCAGGUGUUUGACUCCCAGCAUUAAUUAUCAGUAGAUGAAACCCAAUUGUCUAAGAUCACUUACUAUGUAGAGUUCCUCACAUGUUUUAUUUUUGGAGCAGAUGCAGCACCCUAGCAUUGACAGUCCAGUAUGCGCAGAUUAUGUAGUUUCUUUUACGUCAGAUUAUCUUCAGAUAUCAUACUUUAUAACUUCGGAUGAUGAUGACAGUUUCAAAUAAUCAUUUAAAAUAAUAUCUACAGAGAUAAUGGCUUCAGCUUGGUUUGAAAAAAAUGAAAUGCGUUUUGUAUAACAACAUAUCAUCACUGUUUUAAAAACAAGUCAUGUCGUUAACAGAAUUACAUAUAUACAGAAAAAAGGGAAAAUAUGUGCCUUUUUUUUAGCUUGUUUCCUUUUUAGCCGUUCUCUUGACUCGUCCGCAGCAGACAUCUGGCACCCACUGUGUUAGGACUUCUUCAUAGUCGAUUGUACUUUUAUACUCACUUGCACUUGUAAUUUUAAUAAUGGCUGUUUUUUUUUUUGUUUUUUUUUUGGCAGCUUUGUAAUCGGUAGAAGUGAUCCUUAUUGAUAAGACAUGGAGAUGCAUCUAAUGAUUAUUUUUACACUGAUUGGUCAGUCGAAAAAUGCAAAUUUAGCACUUUCACUCCCUGUAAAUGCUUUAAAGGGGCUGAUUUAGGUUUGUUCUGCAGAAAGAUGUAUUAAUAAUGUCAAAGAAAGCCAUUUAUUAUAAAUUUCACCUGUUAGUCCAUAUAGGAAUUAUGCAAUGUGAAACAUUUUUGUCGGUUUUGUUUUCGUGUGCGUGUCGUAAUUGUUCCCUCAUUGUCCGUGGCUUACAUAGUAAUGCCACUGUAUACAACCAAAACAAAGGAUGCAGAUUACAGUACAUAUAACCUUCUGAAUUCAUACAAACAGAUGUUUUUAAUUGUCAGAUAUAGUACAAUCGUGCUCAGCUACACCAAACAUCAACUCAGGCCCAUUUCAUUUAUAUUUGCAGCAAAGAUUCUGUACAGCGGCGUAUGUUUUUUUUUUUUUUUUUUUAAUCAGGUCUAGACUAAUUAUCCGCAUAACUAACCUUGUCUGUCUGAUGGUUCAUUCAGUCAAACUGUGGCGCAGGAGCAUGGUUAACUCUGGGAAUUUCUACUCACCUGUAUUGUUGCUAUCUGUUAUUUCUGUGCCAAACAUAUACUGCUUUCAAUUUGUACAAUCUAAAACUGUGCUUGUCUUAACAGCUGUCAAACGUAUAUGUAUUCAUGAGAGGGAAAAGAGAAGAUAAGAAUAUUUUUUAAUUUCUUCUGUGGAAGCUUAAUGGAUGAAUAAAAAUCAGAUGGUAUCUCCAGCUUCAAACUACUUAGCAUUGCAAUGUGUGGUACAGAUUUAGCGAUCAACACUUGUUUUCAAAAUUCUAAAUCAAUAUCUGAGCAGCACUUUUCACUUUGCUCUUCUGUUCCUACAGAUAUAUAUGAUACAAAUAAACAGAUGUAUUUACAUUAACUUUUGCAACAUGUCUAAUAAAAUGUUCUCUUAGACCCUA